AGCGCGCCAUAGCCAACGAAAACUAGCCAUCCACGUCAGCUUUCGAUCUUCAUCUACGAACCAGAAAAGGCCACGUUUCUUCACCUUCGUUUCCCUUUCCUUGUUAGAUGCGGAUUACAGAAACUGUUAAUGAAACUCGAAACAAGAAGAGAUGGAUACCGCUGGAAUAGUUUCCUCCCCUGUUCUUCGUUUCUCGGAAUCCGGAGUCAAUAAUUUCUCUCUGAAAUUACCUCUCGGGACCGUAAAUUCUAGAGUUUCAUUCAAAACCAGAGAUUUUUCUGGAAUUUUGAGUCAUAAAUUUUCUGAUUCUGGUCAUUUACAAUACUAUGUAUCACCAACUAGGAGUGGUGGAAAGAAGCAGAAGGAAGAAAGCAAAGAGAUAAAAACAGAGAAGAAGAAGAAGCUGAAGUUGAUGAAGAGAUUAUCCAAAGAUUUGGACCUUUUUUCUCGUACAGCACAGGCUGAAGAGUUUGGCAGUCGUUUGAAUUUGAUGGAUGACGUCAAGCAGAAGAUGAUUUCGGAAGCAACAGAGUUUUUGCUGGCAGAGCUUCGACAUUUGAAAUCAGAGCAAAAGGAACAAAAAAGAAAGAGAAAAGAAGAGAAAGCCUCAUUGAUCAAUGGUGAGGCCCCGGUUGACUCUACAUCAUCGUCCUCAAGCUCUUCAUCGGACUCAAGUGACAGCGAUUGUGAAGUGGUAAUGGACGUGAGCCGCCUUGGAAACACAGCUGUGAAGCAAUUUAUCGAGAAUGAAACAGAACAUGCGAAUUACAGAGAACAAGCCACUUUGGCAGAGAUUAGUACGCCAGUAUUGGAGACGACUGAAAGUUUCAAUGUUUUGAACAUUGAAGAAGAUUGCCGUUCAAAUUGUUCCAAUGAAAGUGAAAAUACGGGCAUGGCAGUUGCAGGGGGAAAGAAGAUUGAGAUAUGCAUGGGGGGCAAGUGUAAGAAAAUGGGGGCCAUUGCUUUGUUGGAAGAAUUUGAGAAGAAAGUUGGAAAAGAGGGUGCUGUUGUCGGGUGCAAGUGCAUGGGGAAAUGUAAAAACGCCCCUAAUGUGAAGGUCUCUAAUUGUUCUACUGGACUUCAAGGUGAGAGUACUCUGUCGCUGUGCAUGGGAGUUGGGCUAGAAGACGUAGAUGCCAUUGUUGCAAAUCUUCUUGGCAAAGACAGGAACGACAAUUGUCUGAUGGCAAUCUCUUGAAAGAUCUGUUUGUUUUCGUAAUAGUUUUGUUUGGAAGCUUAUUUUUGUUGAGACAAAUUAGAACCAGUAAGAUGUAAAUAUAUUCAUAUGCAAUUAAAUUAAAUUAAAUUCAUUUUUAUA